AUGUCAUCUGCUGGUGUUGGUCAACUGUGUUUUCUGAGGUCCAAGGUCAAUGCAGCCAAAUACCAGGACGUUUUAGAGCACUUCAUGCUUCCUGCUGCUGACCAACUUUAUGGAGAUUUCAUUUUCCAACAGGACACAGUGCCAAAGCUACCAGUACCUGGUUUAAGGACCAUGGUAUCCAUGUUCUUAAUUGUAAAGAGGAAGAUGAGAUUUGCCAGACCCAACAAUGCAGAAAAGCUGAAGGCCACUAUCAGAGCAACCUGUGCUCUCAUAACACCUGGGCAGUGCCACAGACUGAUUGACUCCAUGCCACACCACAUUGCUGCAGUAAUUAAGGAAAAAGGAGCCCCAACUGUCAAGGUCUCCAAUGGAGAGAGAGUUACAACCCAGACACGGCCUACGGAUGACACAAUAAAAACAAUAAACAUGGGAGGGGGGACAAAAGUGUUCAUGGGAGGAGGUCCAGGCAGGGUGGGACUGGGAGGGGAAGGAGUCUUUAAGCUGGGGGGUGAGGGAGAGGCACAAGGGCGAGAAGUCCGGGCAGGUUUAUUAAAGGUUUUGGGAGAGGCAGGCUUAGGAACUCUAGAGCAAAGCCUCAAACAGCCUCCCUUUGACGGAGGCCGAAGGGUACAUGGGCCCAUCAGGCAUACAGGGAAGACAGAGGAAUGUCCAUCUCAUUCUGCUGGGUUCUGUGUUGGCUGGUUCGUUCUGUCAUGGUCUCCAAUUAAAAGAGAGUUAGAACCUAGACGCAGGCAGCAGACGGACACAAACAAAGCGGAAAACACACUUUGUCGAAUGAUAGGAGAUCCUAAAUUCCCGCUGCUGUCUAAGGAUGGAGACAUAACUAUUGGAGCACUUUUUUCUAUUCACAGUAAAGAAAUAUUACCUUCAUUUGAAUUUACACAGAAAGCUCAGCUUAUAUCAUGCUCCAGUGUGAAUCUAAGAGAUUUUCGGAUUGCACAGACUAUGACCUUUGCAAUUGAGGAGAUUAACAGAAGUGAAACUUUACUUCCAAAUGUUUCUAUUGGCUAUAGAAUAUAUGACAGCUGUGGUGCAAGACUGUCUACUAUGGGUGCAAUUACAACGUUAAUGAAUGGUCAGCAGUUUGCAGCAGGAGACAGAUGCAAUGGACAGCAUAUACAUGCUAUUAUAGGGGAAACAGAGUCUACCAACACAAUGAUUGUUUCCAGAACCACAGGACCUUUCAAAAUACCAGUGAUAAGUCACUCAUCCUCAUGUGAAUGUCUUGGCAACAGGAAAGAUUUCCCCUCUUUCUUCAGGACUAUUGGUAGUGAUUAUUACUACAGUGAAGCACUUGCACUCCUAGUCAAGCAGUUAGGCUGGUCUUGGAUUGGAACUGUCAACAGUGACAAUGAUUAUGGGAACUUUGGGAUGGCAAAAUUUUUAAAAACAGCCCAGGAAGAGGGGAUUUGUGUAGAGUACUCUGUGAAAUACUAUCGAACAGAGCCUGAGAAACUCAAAAAAGCAGUAGAGGUUAUAAAAAAGGGGACUGCAAAAGUUAUUGUUGCAUAUAUUUCAUUUCUUGAUAUGGGAUUACUGAUUGAGCAGUUAAGCAUUCAGAACAUUACAGGCCUCCAAAUAAUUGGUUCAGAAGCUUGGAUAACUGCAAAGGAUUACAUCAAUCCAAACAGUUUCCGCGUACUGGGAGGUUCACUGGGGUUUGCAGUAAGAAAAAUCAAUAUUGAAGGACUUGCAGAUUUUGUUAUAAAAGAAUUUUGGCACACAGCUUUUCCAUGCUCACGAAGAGUUGACAAUUCAUCUCAAUAUGCAUUAAGUUGCAGCAAAUAUCAGCAUCUACUUGUGCUGAAAAAUUACAAUGAAGAUGUGCCUGACCAAAGAUAUGCAAGUAAUGUCUACAAAGCAGUGUAUGCUGUAGCUAAUGCACUACACAGUCUACUGAAGUGCAAAGAACAAGAAGGUUGUGAAAAAGGUCUAACAUUAAAACCACAGCAGGUGGUUGAGGCUUUAAAAAUAGUAAAUUUCACGGUUAAGUUUGGAGAUCGUGUGUGGUUUGACAGGUUUGGAGGUAUAGUGCCCCUGUAUGAAAUUGUGAACUGGCAAAAAGAUUUAAAUGGUUCAGGACAGUUUAAACCAGUGGGUUACUAUGAUGCCUCACUGCCCCCUGACCAGCGCUUUGUACUUAACACUGAAAACAUAAUCUGGGCUGGAGGACAGCUGGAGAAACCAAAGUCUGUGUGCAGUGAGAGUUGUCAUCCAGGCACAAGGAAGGCUGCACAGAAAGGAAGACCUGUCUGCUGUUAUGACUGUAUUACAUGUGCAGAUGGAGAAAUCAGUAAUGAGACAGAUUCAAAUAACUGCCAGCAGUGUCCAGGGGAAUACUGGUCUAAUACUGAGAACACUGAAUGUGUGUUAAAGACUGUAGAGUUUCUGUCAUUCACAGAAGUUAUGGGUAUAGUGUUAGUCUUUUUCUCUCUGUUUGGAGUAGGAAUAACUUUACUGGUGGCCAUCCUGUUUUACAGUAAGAAGGACACUCCCAUAGUAAAAGCCAACAACUCAGAGCUGAGCUUCCUGUUGCUCUUCUCAUUGACUUUGUGUUUUCUCUGUUCACUUACUUUCAUUGGUCGCCCCACUGAGUGGUCCUGUAUGUUGCGUCACACAGCGUUUGGGAUCACUUUUGUCCUCUGUAUCUCCUGUGUUCUGGGGAAAACAAUAGUGGUGUUAAUGGCAUUCAAGGCCACACUUCCAGGAAGUAAUGUUAUGAAAUGGUUUGGGCCUGCACAACAGAGACUCAGUGUUUUUGCCUUUACUCUUAUACAAGUUCUUAUCUGUGUGUUUUGGCUAACAAUAUCUCCUCCUUUUCCCUAUAAAAAUAUGAAACAUUAUAAGGAGAAGAUUAUUCUUGAAUGCAGUCUGGGUUCUACUGUUGGUUUUUGGGCUGUGUUGGGUUACAUUGGCUUCCUAGCUGUCUUGUGUUUCAUUCUGGCUUUUCUGGCUCGGACGCUGCCUGAUAACUUUAAUGAAGCUAAAUUCAUCACAUUCAGUAUUCUCAUAUUCUGUGCUGUAUGGAUCACAUUUAUCCCAUCUUAUGUCAGUUCUCCUGGAAAAUUUACUGUAGCUGUGGAGAUAUUUGCUAUUUUAGCAUCAAGCUUUGGUUUACUAUUCUGCAUAUUUGUACCUAAAUGUUAUGUCAUCGUGUUUAAGCCUGAGAAAAAUACUAAACAACAUUUGUUGGGGAAAACACAAACAAAAUCUUACUAA